AAAAUCCCCAAAAAAUCAGCCGAGACUUCGACCUUUGCCCGAAGAAUCCAAGUUCCCCAGUUUCCCCCCACUUAUCCCAAUCCCCCAUCAUCUAAAUGCUGAUUAAAGUCCGUACUAAUACUGAGAAGGCAUUCCGCGCAGUCUUCAUUCACGGUAGCAGCGGGGUCCACCCCAGGUUGUUUAUAAACAAUCAAACAAGAACAACAGUAUUCAAGUUAAUACGAUAAUCCACUGUUCACCGAUGUCGAUGCGAAAGACUGACUCAUUUGGGUCUGGAGAAAAAAAAAGGGGGGUGUAACGUUUGUAACGAGAUCGAUGAGAUUUCUUGUUCAGUUCUUGGUGAACUGUCGUGGGCGAAACAGAUCGCUAACAAUCGAAUCGAGGGAGAAAUCAAAUAAGUCCCUGAACAACCGAUAUGUUAUUGUUGUUAAACUUUGAUUGUUCAAAUGGUGCGGAAAGUGUCACGCGUGGAUAAUUCGAUCCCUCGUUGCAUCGAUAACGCAACAAUCAUCGCAAUGCCUCUGACAGGGGAGAACGUGGGAUGUCGUUUGGAGGCAGAAAGAACGUUUGGAAUCCUGAGGAAUCGAUUGUACUCUAGGAGGAUUAUUCCAUUGUCUGGUGGUGACGGGUUUAAAGUGAUGUCCAGAGUGCCACUGAUGCAGACAGCCCUGACAAGAGAAGAUGAGAAUCCCCGUAACAGAGUUAUCCUCGAGGUGGGUUUACCUGGAGACACUUGGAAAUACAGUGUAGAUCGUGAGAGUCUGGCGGAAAAAUCGGAAUGGUUCCGUGCGAUGUUGGUGGGACCUUUUGCACCACCACCGAGUGAUCCUCCACCCAUCGUCGCCCUGCCUCAUGUCGACAAACGAGCAUUUGAUAAUCUCUUCAGUCACUUCCGCGGCGAACCGGUGAAUUUUAGUGGUGUAGUUACCGCAAGGGCAACCCUCGAUAUUGCCCAUUACUACCUGUGCCCGGAAUUGGCUAGAAUGGCGGUGGAUUACCUCAUAAAGAACCUCGACACAUCCUCAGUACUUGCGGUCUACCAUGGUCUUCAUCUUUAUGCACUUGGUACUGGCGAUGUGGCACUUCACUCAGUACCCAGGGAUGACGCCAAUCAAAUUGCAGUGGCAUGCACCCGGUUAUUGAUCGCUUGUCUGGGUGUAAUCGACGGUGCUCCAGACGAAGUGCUCCGUCAAGAGGCCUUCGAGGAGUUGAGCAUACAAGAAGUUGCAAAUCUAGCUCGGAGGGACGAUCUCAAGCUCACCAAGGAGAGUGUUUUAUUCACAGCUUUGGACAAAUGGGCGGCAUCCGACUGUCGAAGACGUGGAGUGGACCCCAAUGUCUCUAAUAAAAGACAUGCACUGAGUGAUGAUGUCUGGUACAGUGUCAGGUACCUUCUCAUGGAUGAUAAAGAAUUCAUUGAAGGACCCAUGGCUAGUGGACUUCUCACCAGUUCAGAGUCCGCUAUUAUUGUUGCAAGGAUUCUUGGGCAUCAACAACAACGUAAAACUGACACGUAUCAGAGUGAAAACGUUCCUCUCCAGCUAUCCACAACUCCGAGAAGACGCAAAUCCCCGUCGAAAAAAAACCCAGUGAAAAAUAAAUCAAAAAAUUCGGGCAUGAAACCUGGUAAAGAGGAAUGCGAGGACAACAAAAAAAAUCGUAGAAAAGAGUGCGCUAGUCAGAGCCAACGCGUUUGUUCGCGGGUUGGAGAUUUGGUUGUUCGUGUUCUCGCCUGUGUUUUUGACUGAAAAAUAAUUUAUCUAUAGAAUAAUUGUUCCAUUAGUCGAAUCAUUGGUUUUGUUUCAGUGGAGCCAUUUUUUUGCAGACUGAUGGUCUCGACAUGAUUUAACUAAUUGAUUUUACAUAUACGACAUUUUAUCACUGUUGAUCUCAAGAGAGACUUAGAGCAAUUCUCGUUGAUUAAUUCAUUGCCACCGAUUUUAUAACAAAAUGUUUUUAAUGUUUUUAUACGAUGAUAAUUGCUGCCAGAUUUAUUCUCGCGCAAUUCUUUUUUUAUGUUCAUUAUGACUUUUAAGAGCCGAGCGCUGUGACCUAUAGUCUAUUUGUAUUGUUUUCUAUUUUUUUUUUUAGGGAAAAUUGAUAAUUAUAUUUUUUGGAUCAUCAUUCGUGAUUGAGAAGUGAGAGACUUGCGUGAGUUGCAAAAUCAUUAAUCAAUAUUGCAUAGAUAUAUUUUUAUUAUGACGUUACCGAUAAAAUUUCUCUCUUUCAAUCGAUUUAUUAUUCCAUGAUUAAUCGGUUCGAGUUUCAUAAUUAAUUAUGGACUACGCCCAAUAUUUCCAGCUACCGUGCAAUCAAAAUGAUUUAUUUUACCCCCAAAUGCAGUGUUCGCAAAUUUAUUUAAACCAUGCAAGUUCCUUAUUUGUUUUGAUGUUCUUUUACUAAAUGGAUUGUAUGUUAAAUGUUGAUAUUACGCAAUCAGUUCGUUGUGUUCCUGGUUGUCAAGAGUAUAACAAUGUUUAAACUUUGAAGUGAAAGUGAAAUAGAAUCAAUUAAGAUAAAGUCUCCUCGAAUUGAUUGAAUUUCACUGUUAGAUAAAUUUGAGCAUGGAUUUGAAUAGAGAGAUGUAAAUUGAUGGAUCUAUGUACAAUAAAUG